AUGUCGCAGCCACCGUUAGGAUUUGGUUGGUUUAACCAACCGGCCCAACAAAACCCUCCUGCGAUGGAGUUAAACCCCUGGGCACAACCACCACAAGCCUCAGCGCCUUACAGCAUGCCUUACGGUCAGCCGCCCCCUUACGCGACGCCAACAGGGACACCGUGGCAGCAACCUGCGUAUUCGACCGGAUUUGCUCAGUAUCCUGCGUUCAGUUCCUCCCAGCAACCACAAACCGUCGGAGGAGGCACCAUUGGUUUCGAUCUCAUGGCAUCGGUCCCAUCACAAGUGCCAUCUGCUCCUAUCCCCUCCCCAUCCAGAUACCCGAUUCCAGAGCCAUCCGAUCCUCCCAGGCCUCAUCAAGUUCCAGUAACCGUUGAUAUGAGCCAACUGAAGGAAAAACAAAUCCUCGACUCCGACAAACCAGAAGACAGUCCGAACACUGUUUCCGUUCAGAAGGAAGUUGUCAGCGUUCCGGUCGAUAGGCCGAAAUCGCCUUCUUCUGAAGACGACGAGCAUUACCGUUCCACGCGUUAUAAGGAAGGCUUGAAGAAUAUGGCAAACCUGAUGGACGAUGUCGAACUAAAUGAGGAAGUACUGCGUACGGUCAAAAGUCGAUUUGAUCUUGGCUGA